AUGGCGGCGGCACGUGUGGAGCUCUCUGAUAACGGAGAGGAUGGAGUAAUGGGUAUAGUAGAACAUCGAGGUCUCAUUUACAUUAUGGGUGGAUAUACGGACACUCACAACGCCCCCCUGCGUGAUCUUCUCUCAUACAAUCCUGUGACUGAGGAGUGGAAGAAUCUAGCACCAAUGCUAGGUGAACCAUGUGACACGAUAAGUGUUGCAGUUUUGAAUAACUUUCUGUACGUAGUAGGUGGUACUGAGUUUGAGGAAAUGGAAAGAUAUUCUUUUGAACAGGCGGUGACAUUAGAAAUGAUGAUGGACAGGAUGGGAAUAGUAGAACAUCGAGGUCUUAUUUACAUUAUUGGUGGAUAUACGUACACUUACAAUCCCCUGCAUGAUCUUCUCUCAUACAAUCCUGUGACUGGGGAGUGGAAGAAUCUAGCACCAAUGCUAGGUCCACCAUCUAAGACGAUAGGCGUUGCAGUUUUAGAUAACUUUUUUGGAUAUAUGGACUUUUACAACCCCAUGCAUGAUCUUCUCUCAUACAAUCCUGUAACUGGGGAGUGGAGAGCACUAGCAGGACGUGCUCCACCUCGCUACAACUACAUGGGUGUUGCAGUUUUGAAUAACUUUUUGUAUUUAGUGGGUGGCCUUCUUUUUAAUGAAGAAGCGGAAAAAUCACUAGAAAGAUAUUCUUUUGAACAG